AUGGCGUGGGCUCUUGUUUCUACUAUCAAGGAUCAGCUUAGUUCUUUCAUUACUUCAGAGUUCAUGGCGAUUGCAAAUGUCAAGGAAGAAGUCCAAAAGCUUGAAAGUAAGGCAAUGCUCAACGAUGCAAAGAAAAGGCAAUGGAACACUGUCAUGAUCAAAGCUGAGGUUGAGAAACAAGAAAAACAGGAAGAAGAAAAAGAAAAAGCUGAAACUAGCACUGCUAAGAAGAGAAAGGAAAAGAAUUUUUUCCUUGUCUUUGAUGAUGUGUGGAUUGAAGAUUAUGCAAUGUGGAAGCCAUUUAGAGAUGCGCUCAAAUAUUGUGGUUCCCAAAGUAGUAGAAUUCUAGUGACCACAUGUAAAGAUAAAGUUGCAGAGAUGAUGGAAAGUGCACACAUUACCAAUUUGGGGAUAUUGUCUAAAGAAGAUUGUUGGUUGGUGUUUAGUAAAAUAGCAUUUUAUGGUAAGAAUUAUGAGGAUCGUAACCAACUAGAAGACAUUGGCAUGGAAAUAGCGAAGGAGUGUAAAGGCUUGCCACUUGCUGCAAAGACUCUAGGAAGUCUAUUGCGCUUCAAGAGGAGUAGAGAACAAUGGGAGAUGGUUUUGUGUAGUAGUUUGUGGGGAAUGGAAGAUGUUGAAAGAGGUCUUUUUGCACCGUAG